AUCGGACAUGAGAAUAGAAGGAAGUUUCCGGUAGGCAGUCAGGGGUCUCCAAAUUUUGCUAAGUCGUGAAAAAUAGUGGCAGUGGCACACUGCUUCUUUCAGUGUGUGUGUGCGCGUGUAAAAAGAAUCGUCGCCAUUAAAGCCAAAAACCUCUCAAGAAACCUACUUUGGUCCCCCAUGUUCUUUCUCCUUGACUGCAUGCAGCUGCACUAAAUGCUUUCCCUCUGUCUCGUACUGUUUUGUCAACUACCUUCCAUUUUUCUCUUCUAAUUCCAGUUUUUAGCUACACACCCCAUUUAUUGCUUUCAUUUUAUAGUCCUUAAUUAUUUUGCUUCUUCUCUUUCCCAUGUUUUGGUCUGUCCCCCUUCUUUUUAAUAUUCUCCUUCUCCCAAGAAAAAAAGAACAUUCCUUUAAUUUGCCAUUAUAGGCUAUUUAUUCACAUUUCUUAAAUGGGGUUUUGGCAUGAUUCAAGAAUGUUAAAAAGGUUUAGUUGACUAGUUAGUAUUUGGAAAUUUCAGUCUAUUUGAAGAACUGUAAAAUGGGUUUCUUGAAAUUUUUUGUGAUAGUGUUAGUUAUAUGGGGUUUCUUUAUAGCAAAUAGUUACCAAUUAUUACUGUCCUAUGAAACUCAAGCUUUACUUCAGUUGAGAAAACACUUAGAAUAUCCAAUUCAGCUUGAUGUUUGGGAGAAUUACAAUGGAGAUUUUUGCAGCUUGACUUCAACACUGCAUAUGAGUAUUACCUGUCAAGACAACUCAGUUAUUGAGCUCAAAAUUAAAGGAGAUAAGUUGACUAAGCUAAAUGAUCAAUUUUAUGGAUUUGCUGUUCCAAACAAAACUUUAUCUGAGGGUUUUUCAAUUGAUUCUUUUGUUACUACUUUGACAAGGUUAAAUAGUUUAAAGGUUCUUACUUUAGUUUCUCUUGGUAUUUGGGGACCCUUGCCUGAUAAAAUUCAUAGGUUAUCUUCACUUGAACUUUUGGAUAUGAGUUCAAAUUUUCUCUUUGGUUCUGUUCCUUUUCAGAUGUCAAGAUUGAUAAAGCUUCAUACUUUAACAUUUGAUGGCAAUUUUUUCAAUGAUACUGUUCCUGAUUGGUUGGAUUCGUUAACCAAUCUUAGUAUUUUAAGCUUGAAGAAUAAUAGAUUGAAGGGUCAGUUUCCAAUUUCAGUGUCUAAAAUUACAACCCUCACUGACAUUGUUCUGUCACACAAUGUGAUUUCUGGUAAAUUACCAGAUUUAACUGCAUUGUCUAAUUUGCUUUUAUUGGAUUUAAGGGAAAAUCAUUUGGAUUCUGAACUGCCACCUUUGCCUAAAGGAGUUACCACAGUUCUUCUAAGCAGUAAUGCUUUUUCCGGUGAAAUCCCGGUAGAAUUUGGCACACUGAAUCAACUUCAACACCUUGAUCUGUCGAAUAAUUCGCUAGAUGGAAUGCCGCCUGCUGACUUAUUCUCUUUGCCAAACAUCAGUUACUUGAAUUUAGCAUCUAAUGUUCUUAGUGGUUCACUUCCUGAUCAUCUUAAUUGUGGGGGUGAACUUGGUUUUGUUGAUAUUUCUGAUAAUAGAUUGGUUGGUAGGCUUCCUUCUUGUUUGAACACCAUUUCGGAUAAGCGAAUUGUUAAGGUUGGUGGAAAUUGCUUGUCUCUUGAAACUCAAUAUCAGCAUUCAGAGGGCUAUUGCAAACAAGCGAAGAAACAUAUCAAAGCAAAAGAAAUAGCAUUAUUGGCAGGUGUUAUUCUAGGAAUUGCAAUUGUUGUAGUGUUUCUGUUAGUUGGUUUUCUCAUCUUUUGUAGAAGAAAAAAUGAACGUAACACGGUGGAUCAGCACAUCUUUCCGAAAGUUGUGCAACAUAAUACACAACCCGGGAUUCCCUCUGAAUUCCUAGCAAAUGCCAGAAUCAUUUCUCACGCGGCAAACAUAGGAUCACAAGGCACUUCAUCAUAUCGGGUGUUCUCCAUGGAAGAAUUGUUAGAAGCAACAGAAAAUUUUGAUCAGUCGGCAUUACUUGGUGAAGGGUCAAUUGGAAAAAUUUACAAGGGAAGAUUAGAGAAUGGAGCUUACGUUGCUGUAAGGUCAUUAAAUGUGUACAGAAGAUACUCUAACCGGAACCUCAAACUCCGAUUGGAUUUACUGUCAAAGUUUCGUCACCCCCAUUUAGUUAGCCUUCUGGGUCACUGCAUCGAUGGUGGAGCACAUGAUGAUUCAACUGUUCCCAGAAUAUUUCUCAUUUAUGAAUAUAUCUCUAAUGGAAACUACCGCGCUCAUCUAUCAGAAACUAGUCCAAGAAAGGUCCUCAAGUGGUCAGACAGGUUGUCAGUACUGAUUGGUGUUGCCAAGGCUGUGCACUUUCUUCACACAGGCGUAAUUCCUUCUUCAUUUAGCAACCGCUUGAAGACGAGUAAUAUAUUGCUUGAUGAGCAUCACAUGGCAAAGCUAAGUGAUUAUGGGAUGUCUAUCCUUAUGGAAGAAACUGAAAAGGCAAAAGGAGAUGACUUCACCUCCUGGCAUAUGACAAAGAAAGAGGACGAUGUUUAUAACUUUGGUUUCAUAUUACUGGAGUCACUGGUUGGCCCUACUGUCAGUGGAAAAGGAGAAGCAUUUUUGCUUAAUGAAAUGCAGGCAUCCUUUGGUAGCCAAGAUGGUCGACGCAGAAUUGUGGAUCCAGUAGUGCUAACCACUAGCUCCCAAGAGUCAUUGUCAAUUGUAAUAUCCAUCACAAACAAAUGCAUAUCUCCCGAGUCAUCAAAUCGCCCUUCGUUUGAGGAUGUUCUCUGGAACCUACAAUAUGCAGCUCAAGUCCAAGCCACAUCCGAUGCAGAUCAGAAAUCCGGUCCUACUUCACCGUCAUGAGCUAUUUCAGAGGUCCAACUGCAUUAGCAUGGGAGAAAGUUAGCUGAUUUGAUGAUGGUUAUAGGCGUACAAAACGGUAUGCUAGCCUAAAGGCUCAUGUUUAAGCUACUAAUCCUCAUUUUCUUUAUUUUGCAUAGAAAUGUAAAUUUGUCAGAUUCUUUAAUUCUAGUAAUAGGUGAGAAUUUGCAUAGCAUAGGCCUUAUUCGUACAAUUGGAUCAAUAAUAGUUAGGUGAAUUUGUUGUUUCUUGUGAGAGAUCAAGUUUCUGGUCCAGAUAUAUCAUUGCAAUUGAACUCCUGGAGAUUUAGAUUCAGAGAAUGUCAAUAUUUUAGUCA